AUACAUAUUCAGUUGUUGUCCGACUUUCAACAAAAGCACGUCUCGUUGUUAAAUAUUUAAACAUGAAUUCAAAGCAACUGUUAAUUUCAUUAUGUUUGUGUUUAUUCGUAACACUGAUGAUGACGGCUGCGACAGCUUUAGCAGAUAAUUGUUCCAUAACCCGUAAAUGUUCUACGUUCGAAGAAACCGUUUAUGCUGUCGAUAAGCAUCGCUGCUAUUUGUUUCGAAAUCCCUGCAUAUUUAGUCUGGAGCAGUGUCGUCGUAAGGAAAGGAAGCAAAAAGAACUGAGUGUAGUUUCUAAGGAGGAGUGCCUCAAGAAAUGUAGCGAUAUGUGUACUGAGGAAUAUGCUCCCGUUUGCGGUGAAUUUAAUGGAUCCUUGAAAACAUUCCCCAAUAAAUGUGAUUUCUACCGAUAUAGUUGCAAAAAUAAUAUGUCUUAUAUGUUCGUUGAUAACGGCGCCUGUAGAGCAUAGGAAUGUCCAAGAGCAAAAAUGCUGCAAGAUUAUUUGAAAUCCAUUGAUUAUUAUAUUUAUUUAUUAAAACAAAAAAUAUUGUGCCUAAAUUAAAAAAAUGCAUAUUGAAAUUGCAACCAA